AAUUCCCUCCUUCCCUCCCUUGUUUUCUCCCCCCACCCUCACCCCAACCCCAGCCCAAGCCAUUCUCCAUUCUCAUUUCUCAGCUUUCAACCACCAAUUCGAACACUAACACCCUAUUACACCGCCGCCGUCUCCGCUUUUCUUGAGAUGACAACACCGAGUGCGAGCAAUGAUCGGCAGCAAGCAGCUCCUCAGAAACGGGAGGUGGUAUUAUUGGCGCGGAUGAAGCCGCCUUUUGCAGCCUCACCUGGAGAGUAUUACUCCUUUUCCGAUCAUCGUGCACCCCACCUUCCUAUCCCCGAUUCCAUCGUCGUUAAGACUCCUCCAAAGAAGCGGAAGAAUAAACCAGCUGAUCAUAACACCGAGUCUACUUAUAGAACAAUCAGCCAGGGGUGCAGAGAAGUGGAUAACAGCUCUUUUCAGACACCUAUAUCUGGAAAGGGCGGAAAGGGACAACGAGCUUCAAGGGAUACUUCAUGUGACAUAGUCCAUCCUCAGACUCCCCUGUCAAUAGUUGGUUCACCAGUUGAAAACCUUACUCCUUCUCGCUCUGGUCGCUCUCUUGUACUGUUAACAAAGAAGUUCAUAAAUUUAAUUGAACAAGCUAAAGAUGGGAUCCUUGAUUUGAAAGAAACUGCUCAAACCUUAGAGGUCCAGAAUAGACAAAAGAGGCGGAUUUAUGAUAUAACCAAUGUUCUAGAGGGCAUCGGUCUGAUAGAAAAGCUGAAGAACGGAAUACAAUGGAAGGGACCUAAUGUUUCAAGGCCAGGUGAAGUUGACCAUGGUGUUGCUAGCCUACAGGAAGAUAUUGAAAACCUCUCAAUGGAAGAGCGCAACUUAGAUGACCGGAUAAGAGAAAUUCAAGAAAGAUUGAGAGGCAUUACUGAAGAUAACAAUAAUCAAAAGUGGCUGUUUGUAAGUGAAGAAGAUAUGAAGGCCUUGCCUUGUUUUCAGGAUGAAACCUUGAUAGCAAUUAAAGCUCCUCAUGGCACAACUUUGGAGGUUCCAGAACCAGAUGAGGCCGUUGAUUAUCCUCAAAGAAGAUACAGAAUAGUUCUUAGGAGCACUAUGGGUCCUAUUGAUGUGUACCUUGUCAGUCAAUUUGAGGAGAAGGUCGAGGAGACCAAUGGUGCUGAGACAAUACAAAGCCUACCAAGUACCUCAGGCUGUGAUAAUCUACCAAAUGACAUGGCAGAGAAUGAAAGUAAUCUCAAUAAGAUAGAACUGAAUGGACAGGAAGCCCACAGGAUGAGCUCAGAUGGCAAUGCCCCACAGGACUUGAGUGGAAUCAUGAAGAUAUUACCUGAAGUUUAUAAUGAUGCAGAUUACUGGUUGCUAUCAGAUGCUGAUGUUAGCAUCACUGACAUGUGGGGAGCAGAAUCUGGAGUUGAUUGGGAUGAAUUGGGAAUUGUUCCUGAAGACUAUGCUGUGGGUGAUAUCCACACACAGCAACAGCCACAAGGCCCCCUAUCAUUAUCACCCUGUGCAGCGGUGGUGAUUCCAGCAAUUGUGGACUCAACUGGGAGAUAAAAGCUGUGGAUGUAGAGUUGCAAGCUCUUUUGGGUGUCCGCUCAAAAAUUUGAUUGGCUAUUGCUUAAUCCCAACCAAACUGCCUUUCAUUCUCUGCUCAAAAUUUUGAUUGGAUAUUGGGAUGAUGAAACAUACAGAAUUUUGCAAGAUAUUGGAUACACAGAUUAGACACUCCUUCAGUUGGUAAAGUGAGAUGACAGAAAGAGUGUGGUUGUUCUUCAGUUGUGGCCAGUUAGGAUGAUUGCUGUAACGACAAAUAGACAACGGUAAGUAUCUUCAGCUGUUGUGAGUCUGUAGUUGUAGUUGGAACUUUGAGUAGACACCUCAUCAGUCAUCAUCAUCAUACUCGACUAUUGACUAACCAAGUGUUGAUUUUAGUUACGGCUGAUACUAAUUUCAGAUUAGAGCUGCAAACUAGGAGCUCUGUCAUGCAACUAAGAAAGUUUUAGAAUUCAGAACAUGAACAUGCUUUUAAUAAACUUCUUUUUAUUUAUCUGUUAAGAAUUAAGAUUGGGGCUUUGCUGGCCCAAGCAAACAAGUAUAGAUUAUUUGUACCAUGCUCGACACUCAGCAGGAAACAGAGAAGCCCGAGCCAGUUAUUAACUGACAAACCAAAUACCCUAAACUUGGCGCCGAAUGUUGUUUGUUAGUUGUUACAGUCUACUUGGAAAAUAAUGCACCCCAUAUGGAUUGGUUGUUUGUUUUA